AUGCCUUACUUAGACCAUGCUGGUUCUACGUUACCUUCUAAGACCCAGCUAGAAGAAAUCGCAAAACUACAAAGCAAUCUUAUUCUUGCAAACCCACACUCCCACCAUGCCACUGCUAUCAAAACUCAACAAAUCGUGAAUUCAGCAAGAUUACGGAUCCUACGUUACUUCAAUACUACGCCUGACGACUACUUUGUAGUUUUCACGAAUAAUACUACACACGGAUUAAAGAUUGUGGCUGAGAAUUUCAAAUUUGGAAACAAGAGAGAAGACGGAUUGGUUUCUGAGAUAUCAACUGUACUAAAGGGCGGGUCUGGCAAUUUUGCAUACUUCCAUGACUCACAUCAUUCAGUGGUUGGGAUGAGGCAUGUUGUGAAUGGAAAAGUAAAUGCAAUUAGUUGUGUUGAUGAAAAUGAUAUAUGGGAAUAUAACACUCCAGAAGUCACAAAUAGCUUGUUUGCGUUCACUGCAAUGAGCAACUUUUGUGGGAAGAAGUAUGAUUUGGAUGGCAUCAAGAAGUUGCAAGAAAAAGGUUGGUCCGUUUGCAUGGACGCGGCAGGACUCGUUUCCACUUCGCAACCGGAUUUCUCGGUUUGCAAACCAAACUUCAUUGCGUUUUCCUUCUAUAAAAUAUUUGGGUACCCAACAGGAAUUGGAGCACUUUUAGUGAGAAAAGAUUCCGCCCAUCUUAUCGAAAAAACUUCAUUUGCGGGAGGAACCGUUCAAAGUGUAGACGAGAUGAGUUUAUUCUUCAUUCUCCGAGAAUUUGAACGAGCUUAUGAAGAAGGGACCCUGAAUAGCUAUGGGAUCGUACAACUACAAAAAGGGUUUGAGGAAAUUGAGAGAUAUGGGGGCAUGCAAAAAAUUCAAAACCUUACCUAUCAACUCCGCUGUAAGGCUGUAAAAAUGUUAGCCUUAAAACUGCACCCAAAUGGAAAGAAGGUUGUUGAGAUAUACUCUCAACCGGAUAGCCAAAUCAACCCAGCUAGCCAAGGAGCAAUUGUUGCAUUUAAUUUAUUAAGAAAUGACGGUGGAUAUUAUGGGUACACAGAGGUGGAGAAAAUGUGUGCGAUUUUUGGAAUUGAAUUGAGAACAGGCUGUUUUUGUAAUAUUGGAGCUUGCAAAAAAUACCUUGGGAUCACAUCUGAGAUGAUUAGAGAGAAUAUGAAUAAAGGAAAACGAUGUGGAGAUGAAAUAGAUUUAAUAAAUGGAAGACCAACUGGUGCAAUAAGAAUAUCAUUCGGUAGAACGUCCACAGAACAAGAUAUUGAUGCAUUGGAGCAAAUGAUUGAUACAUGUUUUGUUGGUAGUAGUGACCGUUUGAUCUCGUCAGGUCCAAAAGCUUUGAAACUAGAAGCUUACUUGCCUACAGUAGUAAAUUUGUUUAGUUUUCCUAUCAAAAGUGUUGGAUCGGUGCCUAAAGAAAGAUACGAAUUAACUGCCAGGGGAUUCAAGCACGAUCGAGAUUUUCUGAUAGUGAAGGAUGACGUCACUUUGAAUCUGAAACUGCACCCUGAACUUUGCAGACUGACGGCUAUUAUUGUGAAUGACGACAGUUUGCAAAUCCAAACUUUUGACCAGAAUGACAAUUUUGUGAUACCCAUGAGUUUAUCCUUGAAGGAAAAUGACGCAAAAGUUGUGUGUAAGAAGACAAUCGCUACAUUGGAUUGCGGAGAUAAAGUUGGCAAAUGGCUCGAGAAUGCACUUGACAUGCCCAAUUGUCGGUUAUUACGGGUAGCUGAAGAAUCAAAGAAGAAUUUUGUGAAUGAUUUGCCAUUCCUAUUAAUCAAUGAAGCUAGUGUUUACAUGUUGUCCAGACAUAUAAACAUGGAAGUCCAGGAUAUUCUAACAAGAUUCCGCUCCAACAUUGUGGUUCGUGGGCUUCCUCCUUUUAUUGAAGACACCGCAAAACGGCUGUCUAUUGAGAAUUGCGAGUUUGAGGUGGUCAACAAAUGCACUCGAUGUGAGAUGAUAUGCGUGGAUCCGAUGACAGGGGAGAAGGAUCCGAGUUUGUUGCUUGCUCUCAGAGAUUAUAGGAACAAACAGAAGAUGACAUUUGGAAUAUACAUCCGCCAAACCAAUUUCGAGUCCGGUCAAUUUUUGCAAUCUGGAAUGCCUGUGAAGUUUUUCACCGAGUGA